AUCGACAAUUAUUUUGAUUUUUGAUUUUGAUUUUGAUUUUUGAUUUUGAUUUUGAUUUUUGAUUUUGGUUGGUAAUCGAACAGUGCAAUUACAGCCUGCUAUUUGAUUCUAUUCCGUGAAUCACAAAUCCCCCAUUUUCAUGUUUCUAUCUGUUCGCCGCCCUAUCUUUUCUCUCCUCCGAUUUUUUCCCCAGUUUUUCAGAAGAUUCGUCUCUCUCCCCUUCUCCAGAACCUUGUCAAUGGCUGAUUCUAAGAUGCUUGACGAUGUGGACUCCGACGACAUUCCUCACGCUUUCCUCUGCUGUGUCUGCUUGGAUCUUCUCUACAAGCCAAUAGUGCUCUCUUGUGGUCAUAUUUCAUGUUUUUGGUGUGUGCACAAAUCCAUGAAUGGUUUUCGUGAGUCCCACUGUCCAAUUUGUAGGCGUCCAUAUUAUCACUUUCCAACCAUCUGUGAGAUGCUUCACCUAUUGAUCCUGAAGAUGUACCCUAUGGCGUAUAAGAGAAGGCAAAAUCAAACACUAGAAGAGGAAAGGAAACUUGGCCUGUUCUCUCCACAAUAUGAUUCCCUUGCAUGUGGCUCCCGAGCUGGUGAAAAGAUUGAACACCUAGAAGAUUCUGCUAAUGGUGAGAUGAAUGCAAAUACAAAAAAUGACAACGUUGUUGCUGAAUUAAUAUUAGAAGAAAAUUCUGAAGUUGUUCGAUCUGCUUCGGUUGAAAUCCUCAAUUCUCUUGGAGAUCUUCACGGUCAAAAUACUCAAAACCAGGAGACGGUUACAGUUGCCGAUGUGCUUUGUCGAGCAUGCACCCAAUUGCUCCUCCGUCCAGUGGUUCUUAACUGUGGUCAUGCAUUUUGUGAGAGUUGUAUCAACUUGCGAGUUGAGACACUUGAGUGUCAAGUUUGCCAGUCUUUGCAACCAAGGGGAUUUCCAAAUGUCUGUUUGGAGCUUGAUCAGUUUUUGAAGGAACAACUUCCUGAAGAAUAUAAGCUUCGAAGUGACUCAGUUCAGCUUAAACUAGCCGAAACUUUCAAGCAUGAGAGUCCAACUUCCUGUUCCAGUGAAGAAGGGGGUAAGAAGGGACAGGGUCUACCAAGAUGGGACGAAGUUGCUUCUAAAGUGCAUCCUGCUGUUGGAUGCGAUUCGUGUGGGAUGUAUCCCAUCAUUGGUGAUAGAUACAAGUGCGAGGAUUGUUUCGAGGAAGUAGGUUUUGACCUCUGUGGCGAAUGCUAUAAUACACGUUCGAAGCGUCCCGGUCGGUUCAACCAACAACAUAGACCAGAGCACAAGUUUAAGCUUGUACUUCCUACAAUGUUUUCAACUAUGAGGUCGAGGAUAGUGACAGAAAUAAUGUUAGAGGAAGGUUCUACAACCUUUAUUAUUGCUAAUGAUGAAGGUUCAGAAAGCUCAGAGGACAUUGGCGCUAUUCUCGAACUAUCUAGCGAUGCUCGUGAGAGCGAAGAGGACAAUUCUGAUGUCGAUGUUAGAACUCAGACAAACUCCAAUGACAGUAGAACUGAUCAAAAUAUGUCUCGACCUACCUAAAAUGUCGAAAUCUAUAGAAGACUCUGGUUCUUGGAAUGAUCUCUUACUCUGGUGUCUAGAUGGUCUAUAAACUGAAAUUUGUAUGUUUGUUCCCAUGCCGAAUAAAAAGAAUAGGCGUUAAAAACUUCUCAUCUUUGUACAGAAUAGGCGUUAAAAGGAUCCCUUAUCUUCAAUUUUCAGCUGCUGCUUCUUCAAUAUGUACAGACAGUGGACAGGCGCCUGGGGCUGGUUUCUUGUUAAAUAGCAACACCAAACUUCUGGUAUGUAUGCUGCGUUCAUUCA